CUAGAAGUUUAUGAAGUUAGCAAACUCAAAGUUCAGCUUCAGUAGUUAAGUUUAAAUCGAAGACGGAAUUGCCUGCGAAACCUGCGCCAGACAGGAACAAUUAAACACAAAACAAUAAACAAACACGAACGGAUGAAGGAUUUUGUGAAAUAUAACGUUAGAUGUGGGACACUAGACAAGAAGAAAGAACUGGAUGCCACCGCCACAGCCCUGGCCAACAGACAGGAUGAAAGCGAGCAGUCCAGGAAAAAACUCAUCGACCAAAGCCGCGAGUUCAAGAAGAAUACUCCAGAGGAUUUGCGUAAACAGAUAGCUCCUUUGCUGAAAGGCUUCCAAGCAGAGAUCGACGCCUUGAGUAAAAGAAGUAAAGAAUCAGAGGCUGCUUUCCUCAGCGUGUACAAGAGAUUAAUCGAUGUCCCAGAUCCUGUCUCGGCUUUGGAGGCAACUCAGCAACUCCAGGUGACUGUUCGGAAGAUGCACGACUUGGAGACAGAAAACCAGAGGCUCAAAGAUACACUACAAGAGUACGAACGUGAAAUCGCAGAGGUUAAAAACCAAGAAGUCACUAUUAAAGCACUUAAAGAGAAGCUGGAGCAGUAUGAGCGUUCUCUGCAGGACAAGAACACAGAGGAAGCUCUCGAUGAAAACCAGGACCGAUCAGGAAGAGAAAGCAGAGAAAACCUUCCUAACAACUAUGCAGACCAGGAGAGCAGUCAGCCACAGCAGAGCCGGGACAGCAGGACAGAAGACUUGGACAUGAAAACGCAGUCCUUACAAACAGCACUUGAAGCAACUCAGGCAGAACUCCACGAACUGAAGACUAAAUACGAUGAAGAAUCCACAGCAAAGGCCAAUGAGAUUGAAGCGGUGAUGACAGAUUUGGAAAGAGCCAAUCAGAGGGCCGAGGCAGCAGAGAGGGAUGCUGUGAGUCUGAGGGAGCAGCUCACUUCAGCUGGCAAGACACUGCAACCAUCCAAUCAGAUCGAGAAAACAGCGGAAACGGAUAAGUCUCUGGAGGCGCUAUCUUCCACCAGUCUGGAGGCAGAGUUGGGUGCUAAAGAGAGAGAGGUGGAGCGUUUGGCAGAGGAUGUUCAAAGACUCCAGGCCAGUCUGGCCCAGCUCAGCGAGACCUCCACCAAUCAGAUCAGUCAGCUUGAGCAGCAGCUGAGCUCCAAAGAGGCCGUACUAAAGCAUCUCGAAGAAAAGCUUCAAGAGCAGUCAGACUACGAGGAGAUCAAACGAGAACUCGGCACCCUGAAAUCAAUCGAGCACAACUCCUCAGAUCAUCACUCUUCAGCACAGGACUCGUCUAAGCCUUUGGAGAUGUUGCUGACAGGGAAAGACCAUAGCCAGCUGUCAGAGAUCGCAUUGAAACGACUGGCCAACAGUGACUUCAGUGGUGCAUUGGGCCGGAAAAGUAAAGAAACUACAGUGGAGAACCCUCAGCGUCUUCCUGCCACUCCGGUCCCUACCACACUCCAGGGGUCUCCUCCUCCUCCCUCCCCUCAGCUUUUGAUGAGGACGGGCACCGCUACCUCCGAAUCUGCUGCCAGUGCCAACGGUACCCACCCCUUUUCCCCCACGGGCAUCGGGCCAGACUUCUUUACCCCCGGCAUGGCCAGCGUGGGCGCCACGUUCCCCCCACUGGCUGGCAAAAUGGCACUCAACUCUCUUCUCCAGAGGCAGCUCAUGCAAACCAUCUACACCAAAGCCCUCCAGGACCCUUCUCCAAGUUCUGUGCUGUUCGGGCCGCCCCAUUACGCUACAACCAACUCUCUCUCCAGCCCCCUACCCCCUCAGUCAGCGGGCAGCCCCGAGGUUAACGGCAUGGCGCCCUCCCCCAGCCAGUCGGAGGGCGCGGGCAGUACGUCGGAAGGCGAGGAAAUGGACACGGCUGAGAUCGCCCGACAGGUCAAGGAGCAGCUGAUCAAACACAACAUCGGUCAGCGUGUGUUCGGCCAUUACGUUCUGGGUCUGUCCCAAGGCUCCGUCAGUGAGAUUCUGGCCCGGCCCAAACCCUGGAGCAAGUUAACCAUCCGUGGCAAAGAGCCGUUUCACAAGAUGAAGCACUUCCUGUCUGAUGAGCAGAACAUCCUGGCGCUGAGGAGCAUCCAGGGCAGGCAGAGAGAGAACCCAGGCCAGAACCUGAACAGAGUAUUUCAGGAUGUUCCGAAGCGAAGAACCGGCUCGGAAGGCUCCACACGGCCAGGUAACAUCACUACGCGAAUCCGCACACCUGAGACCGGCUCUGAUGAAGCCAUCAAGUCCAUCUUGGAGCAGGCCAAGAGAGAGUUACAAGUGCAGAAAGCAGACGGCGUGGGGGAGAGGCAACGGCGAUCAGGUUACCACAGAGGGUCGGGCAGCUAUUUCCAAAUAUAUGCACACAGUCUAAGACUUGUUGAGAAUUCUCAGCCUCCGUCCUCCUCCAGCAACUCUGACGAGAACAUUCGCUCCAUCCUUGAGCAGGCUCGGAGGGAGAUGGAGGCCCAGCAGGUGGCUCUGGAGCCCGUAUUGAAGGCCAGCUCUAUGGCCCCGACAGAUCUCUCGCUGCUGGGCUCAAAGCUCCUGGGCUCCCCGCUCUCCGCUCUCCCCUACACCCCAAUUGCUCAGUCUCUGAAAAAGCCCUCCACCUCGCCUCUCCUGGACUUCCACAGUGGGGUGAAGAAGGAGAUGGGUGAGGUGGCCGUCUCAGAUAUGGGGCUGGACGGGGUGCCCAAGCUUGGAGGAGGUGUAGGUGGGGGUUCUUGGAGGGAACACUGGUGGAGCACGGGUCUUUCUGAGCGCCGCGGAACCGGGCAGACCUCUGUUAGCGAAGAUGUCCACAGCCAAGAGGAUAGCAAGGAGAAGCUCCCUCGGCUGGGCAGCACCGCGCCCGUGGCUCCUGCUUCCUCCUUGGAUUACUGGAAGGACUGGCCCAGCUCAGAGUCCCCGUACUCACAAAGUUCAGAGCUUAGUCUGCAGAUGCCCAGCGGCAGCGAGACCCCUCAGAGCAGCCCACUGCCUUCCUCCUCGCCUUUACUGUCCCUCCCCAAAGUCGCCAAACCCGUGGUGCCCCCGCUCACCCCCGAGCAGUACGAGUACUACAUGUACCAGGAAGUGGACACUGUCGAUCUCACACAGCAAGUCAAAGACAAACUAGCCAAGAAUGGCAUCUGCCAGCGGAUCUUUGGCGAGAAGGUGCUGGGCCUCUCUCAGGGGAGCGUGAGCGACAUGCUCUCUCGGCCGAAGCACUGGAGCAAGCUGACGCAGAAAGGAAGAGAGCCGUUUAUACGCAUGCAGUUAUGGCUGAAUGGCGAGCUGGGCCAGGCACUGAUGCCAAUGCCCGGACAGACACAAGAGAUUACUCCGAAGACCUCAGCCAGCUGCAGUCCUGCCCCAGAAUCCCCUCUGAGUUCAGCUGAGGAGUCGGUAAAAAGCCAGCAGGAGGAGCAGAUGUGCCAAGCGUCCAUCCAGGAGCCCAGUGAAACGUCCGAGUCUCAGCCUGGCACGCCUCUACCGUUACCUCUGCCGGGACACGGGGGUCUUAGCAUACAAGAGAUGGUGGCAAUGUCACCCGAGCUGGACACCUACGCCAUCACUAAGAAAGUAAAAGAAGUUCUCACAGAUAACAACCUUGGUGAAACUCACCAUGAAGAGGGCCAGCGUCUGUUUGGAGAGAGCAUUCUGGGUUUGACGCAGGGCUCUGUGUCUGAUCUGCUGGCCCGGCCCAAGCCCUGGCAUAAGCUCAGCCUGAAGGGGCGAGAGCCGUUUGUACGCAUGCAGCUGUGGCUGAGCGACCCGCGCAACGUGGAGAAACUCAUGGACAUGAAGCGGAUGGAAAAGAAAGCCUACAUGAAGAGGCGCCACAGCUCCAUUGGUGAGAGUCAUUCGCUGGACAGUGGUCUGUCAGGAAGUGACCUCAUUCAGUGCGCCAGCCCCCAACACCUCUCCCAGCAGCAGCAGCAGCAGCCCCAGCAGCCCCAUCUCAAGAAACCCCGUGUGGUUCUGGCUCCAGAAGAGAAGGAAGCUCUGAAGAGAGCCUACCAGCAGAAGCCUUACCCCUCCCCUAAAACCAUCGAGGAGUUGGCGAGCCAGCUCAACCUCAAAACCAGCACAGUCAUCAACUGGUUCCACAACUACAGGUCCCGUAUCCGGCGAGAGCUCUUUAUAGAAGAGAUCCAGGCAGCGGCUGGCGAAGGCGGGUCCCCCUCGGCGCGGGCCGGGAAGUCUGGGGGCGAGGGAGACAACAGCUGCGACGGCACUGAGUCCGACAGCACAGCGGAGGGCCGACCGAGUGGCUCAGAGGAGCGCAAGCGCCUCCUGGAGAGCCCCGGCCUCAGCCACAGAGACGAAGAGGGCGAGGGCGAGUUCGCCAGCGCUUCGGGCACCAGCAGACCACGGGGAGGUCUCAUAGACAGCCUGUUCGGCAUUCCCGAGUCCGUAUCUGUUCCCACUGCCGCCGCGACCCCCUGCCGAAACCCAAAGGACAGCAGUCUGCGCAAGAAGAAAGCAGCCAACCUCAACAACAUCAUCCACAGGCUGGAGAAAGCGGCGAACCGCGACGAGCCUCACGAAUGGGAGUUCUGAGCCACCGCCGUGUUGUCGUCGUUUUAUUCUCACUUUGUCCCUCACUGAGCUAACCUGGCCAAGCCUGGUGCACACACACCACCGGUUAACCCAAAGGUUUUCAAAUCGCUGUUUAGAAGUGGGCUAUCAGAGACAAGGAAACGAGUUUUUAGUCUGUUUAUUUUGUGAAGCACUUAACAGCCCUGCUGGCCACAGGGCUGUAUGACACCAUUGGGUUAUGGUGAAGACACAAAACUUAAAAGCACAGGAGAGGGAGCGUUCCCCACGAAAUAUUCUCAAGACUGGCGACAGUCACAAAAAAACAAACACACUAUGAUAUCACAGUGUCUCUAUUUCUAAUAGAGACGUUCUCACCAACAAGCUGAAUAACUGUUACAAUAAUUUAUCAGUUCUCAAGACUCUUGGGAGUUUCCUCUUUUGUAUCGUGUAAGCUUCGGCCGUCAGCAGAGACUAGUUCGAACCGGUUUCAAACCAAAAGUCAAGCAUUUAAAAGCAAGUGUUGGCUGAAGGAACACGGGUGCACCGUCCCACCUGCCUCUCCCUCCCUACCCCAGAGGAGGCCAUCCAAUGGCUAUGCAACUCUAGUACGCAAUGGAUUCCAGCGUAAUGGAACCCGCAUUAUUUUCACACUUCGGAAGCUUCUCCGACGCGAGAAGAAAAUCCUUUUUAUAGCAAUUAAGUUGCCACCGAGAGAUUGCACAGUCAGUUGACUCUAAACAGCACUCCUUUUGAUUUUACACGCCAACGGCCUAAAAGAGAGAAAGAAAAAAAAAUCACGCGAACGGAAAAUAAUCGUCGAAAAUAAGAAUCCAUGUAUCAUGCAAAAAUUCAUACUGUUGUUGUAAGGUCGACGCAAAUGGGAGAUGGGAGAAAUUUCGUAACUUGAUAGCUAAGUGUCAAUUUUUAUCGUUAUUUAGGUCUCUCGUAAGGGUAGCGCUCGUUUUUAUUUUUUUUUUCCAUAGCUUUAAUCGCCUCCGCGACUUGCGUUUUGAAGCUCGCAGAGGUCUUGUUUAAUAAUGAACGUCCUUUUAGGCCAAAACAAAGACAGAUAGUGAAGAAGAAAAAAAAGGAUUUGUACAGUACUUUGAGUAAAUAUUCCUGACAAGAUAUUUUUUAAAGAGAAUGAACAAGCCUGAUUUUUAUCCUCUUAUAAAAGAACCAUACAUCAGAGACCUCUAACCAAGUUGGGCGGUUGUUUGUGCCCAUAGAAUUACAAUUCUAAUCCAAUAUCUAUGGUGUUAUAAAUUCUAAUUCUAUGGUGUGGCCGUGGGCCACUGCACUGUAUGGGCUGGUCCUCAGCACCAGGGUACCGGACGCUGAGUAUGCGGGCUCUCGUGCAAACUCGAAACUUCAGGUUUUUCACCAGCUUCUCCAUUCGCUGUUCACACACGCAUCUGUCCUCCAAGACAACUGGAAAAACACCUCGCAAAAUGGACUUUUUCAUACUGUAUAUGACGGAGGACUCGGACACAUCUUCAUAAAAAAGAGGAAAAUGUGUAGAUUGUGAACGAAAAGCUCUUUUAACGUUAGGAACCUGAGGUGAAUCGCUACACGUGCGCAUCAGCGAGGACUCUGCACCUCUGUAGAAACGUUCUUUCUCUCCUGAAACACCUUUCAAAACCUGCUCACUUUUCACCUCCGGCCCUUGUGUCAUUGUAUGCAGUUGACUUUGUGAACGAAAGCACAGAACGGUGGUGCCACGCGCUCGUCUGUGUGCAAACCUUGAGUGUGAGAUUGUUUGUGUGUGUGUGUGUGAUUGUCGACAAGAGCGAUCUAUAUUUGUAUAUUACUACUACUACUCGCCACAGGCCUGUGGAAGCAAACACCUCCUCACGUCCCUAAGCUAUUUAGCAGUCCUGCAGCAUAUCACAUAGUACAUUUAAGUUCUUUUUAUUUACACGCAUAAACUAAUGGUAGAUAUUUUUUUUUGUUUGUUGGUGUGGUUUGCUUAUUUAUAGAUGCUGUCUUUUACAUAUUGAUGUCUUAUAUUGUUAUACGUGUUCUUUUUUUUUGUAAUGGAAGGGACUAUAAAAGGUCAGGUUACAUAUUUUUCGACUAAUAGACUGCCGGCAGUAUUGGAUUACAUUUAAAUGAUGUACUUUUGAUACAUGUCUAUUGAUUAAUUCUGAAGAUUAUCAUUUUUUUUCAUAUAUUUUACUCUGUUUAGUGAGCUGGAUGAACAGUUACUACGUUGACAAAGGAAGCAGAAUUAUAUGUAUUGCAUUAAUGAUUUUAAUUAGUACGCAUUUUAGAUGUUUUAACGAUUUUAAAAAAUGACAAUUCAAGAUGAAUUGCAUUUGGCUGUAUUCACUCUACAAAGGCAAAACGGUUGAUGCUCUUGAAUUAAGUUUUCAGGUAAUUAAUUAACCUGCGAACGAUCUGAGAUUACGUUUGUUAUCGCAAUCAAGCUUAGUUGCUACUUUGAGCCAGUGAACAACUGGUAGUUAACGUCACUGAAAAUAGCUGUUGCUUUGAGCUGCACCUUGAGGAAUUGGUCUUUUAGUUUGUUGGUUUUUUUAAAGUAGGAAUGAAAUUCAUUUGAUGUCGUUCGGUUGCGUAAAAAAUUACGCCGAUUAAUCUGGGAGAACAACGUCGGUUUAAAAACUACCUUUGGCCUUUUUUAUAUGUGCCAAUGAAUGAUUCAAAAUCAAAUUAGUCUCUUUAAGACCUAACGAAAGCACAGAGAGAUACUUCAUGAACCAAUGUUUUUAUCAGAAUAUACGAAUACGUCGAAGCCCGUGACUGUUUAUCACACUUUCUCUCCACAUCAAACAUUGGAGUGCCUUCACUGAAAACUGUUCGCUAACGUUACUAGAAUCGCGUCGUCUUCAUUCCAAAUAAGUGAUUGGAAAUAUCGUGUGUCAGAUACCACCUUUUAGCAAUUUUCGCCAGCAAGUUCAAUAAUAGGGUCUCAUCUAGUCUCAGGUCAUAAUAUUCUGUACUUUUAGGGGUGUCUGUGUUGUUUUAUCUGAGAGAAAACAGCUGUCCCAGGAUUCAGGCUUGGUUAUGGAAAAAAAAAACGUUUUUACAAUGGCAAUUUCAAUCGGUUAACUCCACAUUUAUUUGUCCCAAAAUGUCGUUUUAAUCAUUUCUAGGCAUUCAUUAGAUGUUUUAUUUUAUUUUGUUAUUGUGUUGUUGUAUUUUAACGGUAAGUUUCCCCCCGCGCUGGAGGAAGUUCACAGAUGGAUUUGGCAUGUGGAAACUCUUAAAUGAUUUGUAGAAUAUACUGUAGUGUGGACCAAAUUGUCAAAACAGACAAAUCAACUUGUAAAGACUCUUUUCCGAUCAUAAACAUGUGAUUUCAAUUGAAGAAAGAAAAAAAAAACACACGCAUUUAGGAGCACAUUCAGAUCUGGUCUGCAUUAAGGACUUUUAUUAUGUCUGCCACGUUCUCACUGACUGAACCGUAACCGUACUGUUGAUAUCAUGGCAUGAAACACUUAGAAUAACACUUAGAAGUUUCCAGACGACUCUCAAUGCAAGAUGUCCAGCACUUUUUCUCUGCUUUUUUGCUAAUAUUUUUCUAUGGAAAGUAUUGCAGAUGACUAAACACAUCAACAUACGACUGCACAGACAGCACGUUUAUAUGAUUUCUUUAAAUAAAAAAGACAAAAAAAGAAAAAAGAAAAGCAACAAAAAAAAAAAGAUCAUCAUUAUUGAUAUUACAUUGGUAGUCACAAGUAGCAUUAAUGUAGAUAUUCGUCCGUAGCAUAGUUCGCUAGUGGUGUCAUAAUUGUUACCUCGUUUAUUCCCUCACACUUGCAUCACUUCCUGAGACAGUAUGUUCUUUCUUCACCUGAGACAGUAUGGUCUGAACAGCCACAAUUUGUUUCAUUGUAUCCCAGAUGGAGAUUUUCUCUCUCUCUUUGUUUUUUUUAAAGUUGUGUAAUUGUGUUACAUGUGAGGCGAGCACGACGAUUAUACAUCUGUCUCAGCGAGAGCAACAAUUUAACCUAGUUAUCAUGACUCAUUUCGACCAACAAUCUAUGGAAAUGGGAUGUCUUGAUGAUCACGACAUCAGAUCUCUCUCUUUUUCUCUUUCUCUCGGUUGUUGCUCUGUAUGCUGUAAUAUGGGUAAUAUGAAGCCUUGUAAUGAAAUAUGACAGGCAGCUCCCAACACAAGCUGGUAUCCUAUAGAUUCUCCUUAGGUCUCUCAAAGCUCAGGUAGAACCUCGGUUUAGCACAGUCCUUUUGUCCAUUAGUUUGUUGGUGACACUUUCCCUCUUACACCUGCUAACGACAGUUGUAUGGUUUAUUUUUCUAUGUGUCAUGGUUUUGAACCACAAGAUGGAGCUGAAUCCUCCAUUUUACCUGAAUAAAACUCUUCCACUUUGUUCUCUUGA